UUGGCAACUCUCGAAAAUUCAUACGGCGUUUUUCCUUAGCACGGCAACAUUGAUAGCUCGACUUUGAAUUUUUGCGAUAGAAUUUUUCAGGGAGUCAUCUGGAUAAGACAAGAUGGCUGCACGUGAACGAUUGAUUUCUGAAAUUUUUACGGACGCAACAAGAGCCGGCGGUUUCGGAGACGAUGUUGAAAAAUUCGUUAGUUUCAAAUCUGCGAACGACAAGGCGGGAAACGCUCAAUAUGCUUCUGCUGUGGAGUUCGGAGAAAUCACGCUGGAAAAGAAAAAUUCCGAACUCGAUGUUCAACCCGUUUUCAUCAAAACUCAGAUCAGGGCCGUGUACCUCUCUCCACCAACAUCCGACGACAUGUUCCACAACGAGGUGUUGUUUUUUACGAAGAUCGUGCCUUUGCUUCGAAAGCACGACACAUGCAACGUCCUGUCGACGAGUUUCCCGGAAUUAGUGUACGGGAAAGCGGUCGGGAAUUCUGAGGAGGACAUCGUUGUCCUGAAGGAUCUCCGCCAAAAAGGAUUCCAGCCGUGCGUUCAUCGAGAGCGCUUGGACGAACGGCACAUCGAGUUGGUUUUGGAUCGAUUGGGCAAAUUUCACGCAUUGUCUUUCACAUGUAGACUGGAGGAUCCGAUGGGAUUUGAAGAGGUGGCGUCACAGAUGAGAGAGCUUGAUCACGCAAAAACAGCGACGGCGUUUGGUGGUUUUGUUUCCAAAGAGGAUUUCAGGGAGGGCCUUUUCCGAGGAAUCAGACCUUUGCAAAAGGAAACCGAGUAUCAAGGAAGGCUAGCGGCUCUUGAGGCAAAUUGCACAAACGCCUACGACCUGUUCGAGAAGUACGUGUACGGAUCUCGUGAUUCAGGUGUCAUAGUUCACGGUGAUUUUCGGCUGGACAACAUGAUGUUUAAGUACGAGGCCGACGGGACACCCAUCGAAGUUGUGUUCUUCGACUUCCAGACGAUCUGCAUCGGCUCGCCGGCGCUAGACAUAUGCCGUUUUAUGAUCUUCGAAGUCCCCACGGACUUAAGACACGCUCGAUGGGAGACAUUUCUGUGUGUUUAUCAUGAUGCACUGGCAAAUCAAAUGAGAGGGCACCAAAACAGAAUACCAUCCAUUGAGACUGUUGAACUGGACAUACGCAAGAAAGGGAUAUUCGCAUACUACAUUUACGCACUAUGCUGGCCGAAUUUAUUCAGUAAUGGAAACGGUCUCGAUUUGAUUUCAGUCCCCAAGUUAGAGGGCUUAAACGAGGAAGAGUUGCAAAAGGCGAUGGAGACGCACAUGCAAAAUGUGCGGGGAUGGGGUGGUCCAAAGGUCACAGAGAUGUUGGCAGAGGUUGUUCGGUUUAUGAUUGAUAAGAAUUUCAUUUUUGAGUAUUAGGUCUAUAUUAUCAUAUAAUGUAAAAAAAAA